UUGCUCCCCCACCGUAUCGCAUCCGCCUCUCACAUAAUCCUCAGAAUGAAGCUGAAAGAGGACCUGAACCCCAUGCUGCUGUUUGUCUUCCACCUCAUGGUGUGGAUCUACACCGCUAUCACCUUCCUGCCUUCGUACCUUCUCAGCUGGGUCUCCACACCUGGCGAAGGAUUCUACGGCUCAGAGGAGGAACGAGCCAAGAGGGUGAAGGCGUACUCGGUGCUGGGAUAUCCAGAGGGACCCUACAGAGCAGUGAGCGCCACCAAAAGGCUUGUUACGUCACUGCACCCUGGAGUGGACACCUUGGAUAAGAUGUUUCAGUAUGCUGCGAUGAGGUUUCCCCACAGAGAGUGUGUCGGAACACGGAUGGUGAUCAGUGAGGAAGAUGAGCGACAGAGUAAUGGAAAGGUGUUCAAAAAGGUAAUUCUUGGUGAAUACCACUGGCUCACUUACAAAGAAGCCCUCACUGCAGCAACUCAGCUGGGAAGUGGUUUGUCGUACUUGGGGCAGCGGCCAAAAAACAACAUUGCCAUCUUCUGUGAGACGCGAGCGGAGUGGUUAAUAACAGCACUGGCCUGCUUCACGUACAACUACCCAGUGGUCACCCUUUACUCUACUCUGGGCGGUCCAGCCAUAGCCCACGGGCUGAACGAGGCCCAGGUCACCCACAUAAUCACCAGCAGAGAACUCCUGGAGACCAGACUAAAGGCUAUCUUCGCUCAAGUUCCCAAGUUGCAGCAUAUCAUUGUGGUUGACAGCGCACCCACCACAUGGCCAGGUUAUCCAAGCGGCGUCAGCAUCCACAACAUGGCCGCUGUCCAGAAGCUGGGUGCCAGGCACGAGAAUGCCACCCCCGAGCGACAGCAGCCGCUGCCCUCAGAUAUCGCAGUCAUCAUGUACACCAGUGGCUCCACAGGCAACCCCAAGGGGGUCAUGAUCUCCCAUAGCAACAUCAUCGCAAGCAUCACGGGGAUGGCUGAGAGGAUACCCAACCUGUGUGAGGAGGACACCUACAUCGGAUACCUACCUCUAGCCCACGUGCUGGAGCUGAGCGCAGAGCUGGUGUGCAUUUCUCAUGGUUGCAGGAUCGGUUAUUCCUCACCUCAAACUCUCUCGGACCAGUCAACCAAGAUCAAGAAAGGAAGCAAAGGAGACACCAACGUCCUGCAGCCUACCCUGAUGGCAGCUGUUCCCGAGAUCAUGGACCGUAUCUAUAAGAAUGUGAUGACCAAGGUGGAAGAGAUGAGCCCCAUCCAAAGAACCCUUUUCAUCCUGGCCUACAACUACAAACUGGAGCAGCUGGCCAAAGGGUACAGCACCCCACUGUGCGACAGGCUGGUGUUCCGGAAGGUUCGCUCCCUGCUCGGAGGCCGGACGCGCGUAUUGCUGUCCGGAGGAGCCCCCCUAUCUGCGGCCACGCAGCGCUUCAUGAACGUGUGCUUCUGCUGCCCGGUGGGUCAGGGCUACGGCCUGACCGAAACCUGCGGCGCCGGGACCAUCUGCGAGCUAUGGGAUUACAGCACCGGGAGAGUGGGAGGACCUCUUGUUUGCUGUGAGAUCAAACUCCGAGACUGGGUGGAGGGUGAAUACCGGAGCACCGAUAAGCCUCGUCCCAGAGGGGAGAUCGUCAUCGGUGGACCCAACAUAACCAUGGGAUACUACAAGAGCGAGGCGAAGAACCAAGAAGACUUCUUCGUGGACGAGAACGGCCAGCGGUGGUUCUGUACGGGAGACAUCGGAGAGUUCCACAAAGACGGAUGCCUCAGGAUCAUCGAUCGUAAGAAAGACUUGGUGAAGCUGCAGGCCGGAGAGUACGUCUCCCCGGGGAAGGUGGAGGCCGUGAUGAAGAACUGUGCCCUGGUUGACAACAUCUGCAUCUACGCUAACAGCGACGAGACUUACGUCAUCGGCUUCGUGGUGCCCAAUCAGAAGCAGCUGCUGGCCCUGGCCGGCCAGUACGGCGUGCGGGGCUCGUGGGAGGAGCUGUGCAACAGCCAGGCCAUGGAGGAGCUGGUCCUUAAGGUCAUCACUGAGGCCGCACUGAUAGCCCAACUGGAACGCUUCGAGAUCCCCCGUAAGAUCCGCCUGAGCCCGGAUCCGUGGACCCCCGAGACGGGAUUGGUGACGGACGCCUUCAAGCUCAAACGCAAGGAGCUGAAAACCCAUUAUAAGGAGGAUAUAGAGCGGAUGUACGGCGGAAAAUGA